GACUUCGAGAUUGAAUACGUGUUCAUCGCUGUUUUGUCAUUUAUUUCACCAGAGGAUCGUGUCGACUUCCGUUGGUUGUGCCUGUCGCACCUUGAACGUUGUGCGAUGGUUGGUGAAAACAGAUUUCUCGUUACGUGAUGGGGAAACUCAACAGCAACCCGCUUUUCUAGCUGGUCAUGGUACUUGGCUAUCAAUAGAUAUUUAUCUGAAGAGCAGUGGCCAGAAAGCGGGAACGUUCGUAGGUCGAGAAAAGCUCAUCUGACAUCAUGCCAUCCAGGAGGAAAAACUGUGGUCUCCUGGCAAGGGUGAACUUUCCUCUGUACACCCUGCAGAUGUUAACGAACAGGCACAUCCUUGUAGGUGGUGGUGGAGGUUCCUCGAAGACAGGUGUGGCUAAUGGAUUUGAGAUAUUCGAGCUGUCGCAUAAUGGGUCACAGUUUGUGGCAGAAGAAGUUACUAGGCACGAGACCGGUCCCAGUGUUGUAAUGAACUGCACUGCUUACACUGAUGGCAAAAGAACAUGGAUCACUGCUGGCCAAGAGAGCCAUUGUCAAUUGUAUAAUGUUAAUACUAAAGUGGUCACUGUAGAGAAUGGGGAAAUCAUUAAAGAAACUAGUGAUAAUACGAGGGAAGGUCUCAAGCAUAGGAAAAGUGCAGAGAAAGUAGAGGAAAGCAAUACUACAAGAGAUAGAAUAGAAGAGAUCAAGAAUGAAAAUUCUAAUGUUAAACACAAGAAGCUACAGUUGAUUGUGAAGCCUGCUGACAGUGUACAGACAGAUUUUAGUGAAGAGGAGCCUCUUCAAAGAAUUGUCAGAAUAAGCUUAAAUGGAAAAUUCAUGGCUACUGGUGGAACAGAUGGUCAUGUCAGGCUAUGGAAAUUUCCACAGUUACAUAAAUUGCAUGAUCUAGAUGCACAUACUAAAGAAAUUGAUGAUAUAGAUUUCAGUCCAGAUGGCACGCUAGUUGCAAGCAUUGCAAAAGAUGGCAAAGCUUUCAUAUGGAACGUGUCCAGUGGGAAUAAGGAAAAAGAACUGACAUGGUCACCUCCUAAUGCAUUGAAAUAUAUGUAUAAAAGAUGUCGGUUUCGGAAAUUGGAGGAGGUCAAAUCAAAAACACAAUUGUUCAUGCUUUCCAAUGCAGUGGUUGGGAAGAAUCUGAGUUUCCUACAGAUGUGGGACAUUGAUACAGGGGCUAUAGUGAAAAUGGCUCCCUACAAGGAAACUUUAUCAGCCUUGGCAGUAUCAGACGAUGGAAAGUUCUUGGCAGUUGGAACAAUGUUCUCUGGAACCGUUGACAUUUAUGUUGCCUUCAGUUUGAGGAGAGCUUUGCACGUACCUGGUGCACACAGCAUGUUUGUAACUGGUUUAGAGUUCUUGCCAACUAAACUGGACGGCCCAGCAAUUACCAGUAACACAGAGACUGCUGUUGUUAGUAUAUCCGUGGACAACAAAAUCUGCAUACAUAGUAUACCUUUUAGACACACACUGCCAUUCUGGUUCGUCAUUAUAGUGAUCAUCCUAAGUAUCUGUGGUGCAUUCAUUUUUUGCAGUUACCUCGGGAUAUGACCCAAAACGUAUAUUUUUGACACAAUCAGGAGAAGCAAUACUUUCUCUAGGGUUACCUAAGAUCAGAUCGAACAUCGAAGUUUCUCACAUGCCUUUCCUAGGUCGUAAAAAUUACUUAUAGGGGAAAAGACGGAGUAGUUCGUUCAUAUGGAAACGCGCGUGCACGCAUCUGCACAUAAUUAUUUACAAUUUCCCAGCUAGGAGGCAGCAAGCAUCGUUCUCUCGGACCUCCCGUUAUUUAAACAACGUUGAACCUAAUUCUGCUGUGAUAAACAGUUACAUUGCAUCGUUCGGCAAGCAUUAUUGUAAAUAGAAUAUUUUUAUUAAUUUUUUCAAUUCCCUAGACCCCGAUGUCUGGAGCUCAAUGUUUUCCGUGUAUUAGAGACUAUUUUUUGACAAACACCGAGACCAAUUUGUACGAGUUUCUUCGUGUAUAAUAUGUUUGAGAAUUUGUCUUGCUAUUGCAAUCGCAUUUAUUUAAUUCUACUCUGUAUGAUAUUUCCGUGUACAGAAUUUAGCCAACUAUACGUUACACUUUAUGUACAUUAUUUAACGUUAA